GGUUUAAGUCCAGCUCUUCAUCUUCUGAUAAGGUGCCAUGGGCAUAUUGAUCCAUUUAGAUCCACAGUAGAAUUCAAAUCUAAUCUAUUUUAGUAUUGAUUAAUAGACCUAUUUUUAACAUAAUGAUGUCCUCAUUUUUAAACUGUGACGUUGUUUGAGGAUUCCAUGAGUGUGUGAUGAGAGUCUGUCCACUGUACUGACAUUGAUGUGUUGUGAAACUUGCCGUGUGUGUGUGUGGAUGUCCUGAUGUUUCUCCAGUGUGAAAUAUAUAUAGUGUGUUUGUCUUAAUUAUGGAUGAUUGGUGUGGAAUCAGAUGGAAUGUGUUUUGUAUGCUUUCGCACGUUACAGCGAUGACUGUAACGAGAGUUACAGAUCCAUUUGCUGUUGAAUAUCUUUGUAAUUGCUUGUUUCUGCCUUGAUCUAAUGUGUAUGUUCUUAUUGAAUCAGAUUGGGAGUUAUUUGUCUGAACCCAGGCCUUCAAAUAGUGGUCAAUCCACCGACCACAACAGUGACCAUUCAUCCACAGCCUCUGACAUGAUGGAGAACCAUUCUCAGGUGAACCAAGCAGUCCCUCACAAUGAGGAGAACAUACCUUUGGAGGAAGAUAUAUGUUUUCCUUCCAACAUGAGCAAAAAGUCAACUGAACAAGUAAUGCCAUGUGGUACAUUAACCAAGCUCCAAUUAAGUAAUAAUUUCAGACUGAAAGAAAAUCAAGACAGAUGUGCUCAACGCUAUGAACAACUGUCAACACUUGAAACUAAGAGAGGGAUGACUGAUUACUCGCAGAAUAAUGAAUCUGAGUGACAACGAUUAUGUCCCUGGUACAGACUGUAGCUCAUCAGACAACAGUUGUGAAAGUGAAGAACUAAAUAUCUGCCAUGUCGAGCCAGCAAAGGGAGGUGCUGUUGAGUUUAAGAGUACAACAGACAAUAGUACAAGCUCAUCCUAUCACCGUUCCACAUCUGUGACACCGAUGCCUACUAAAAUGCAAAAAAAUAGAUACAAGAAGAUACAAUAUUGUGCCUAUUGUCAGAAGCCAUACUCUAAAAUUGCACGGCACUUGGAGUUUGUUCAUCGCAAUGAACUUGAGGUAGCUAAGGCAUUCAGCUUCGAUAAAAGGUCAAAGGAAAGAAGAGUGAGACUACGCCUUUUGAAAAGUAGAGGGAACUUUGCCCAUAAUGCUGCAGUUUCAAAAGCCGGAAAUGGGGAAAUGGUUGCUUGCAGACGGCCCAAAGAAGUAAAAUCUACCUAUGACUUCACUCACUGUAUCCACUGUCAGGGUCUAUACAACAGAAAGACACUAUGGAGACACAUCCGAACAUGCCCCCAGAACCCCAAAAAUGAAAACCGCACAAUUGGGCAGAAGAGAGUUCAGUCAAUCAACAGCUUGACCCUUCCUCCACCAGUGGAUGUUAGCAAAAGUCUGUGGACCAUUGCUUGUGAGAUGGUGAAUGAUGAAGUUUCAGAUGUUGUCAGGAAUGAUCGAUACAUUCUUCUUUUAGGGGAGCAGAUGUACAACAGGCUGAAGUCACAUUCAGGAAGAAAUUACUACAUUAAGCAGAAAAUGAGGGAAGUAGCAAGGUUGCUCAUCACUGCCAGAUCACUGACACCCAUUCAUAAUAUGGAGGACUUCAUCCAACCCUGCAACUUUCCUCACGUUAUAAAAGCAGUAAGAGCAGUGGCAGGAUUUAGUGAGGAGGCAAACACCUACAAGAUUCCAUCACUGGCACUGAAGCUUGGACACAGCUUGGUGAAGAUUGCCAACUCUGUGGAAUGCAAUGCACUGAUGUCAGGACGCGACACGGCUGCGGAGUCUGCACGAAAUUUCAGACGUUUGUAUGAAAGCAAAUGGAAUGAGGUAGUGUCUGCAGCUGCACUGACUACUCUGGGAGAAGCUAAAUGGAAUAAGCCACAAGUUCUACCAUUUACAGAUGAUGUCAAAACACUGCACUCAUUUUUGAACUCAAAACAGCAGGAAUAUGUGGAUGCCCUUCAAGAAAAACCAAAUGACAAAAACUUUGCCAAUCUUUGCAAAGUCAUGCUAACACAGAUCAUUAUUUUUAAUAGACGAAGAGAGGGUGAAGUUUCCAGGAUGAAUAUUCAAUCUUACACGUCUAGAGACCAGGCACCAAUGCACAAAGAUAUCGCUGUGGGACUCAGUGACUUUGAGAAAAAACUUUGUGGGUACUUCCAAAGGGUGGAAAUACGUGGUAAAAGGGGGAGGAAGGUACCAGUGUUGCUGACCCCUAAUAUGAUUGUGGCCAUGGAUCUCCUUGUAAACAUGAGAGAAAGGUGUCAAGUUCCUGUUGAAAACAAGCAUUUGUUUGCUCGUCCAGGUGCUCUGUCUCACUAUCGUGGUGGAGACUGUAUUCACCAGUAUGCCCGAGCCAGUGGAGCAAAGCAUCCAGAUGCCCUUUGCUCAACAAAGCUGCGUAAGCAAGUAGCUACAAUGUCCACAGUAUUAAACCUAAAAGACAAUGAGAUGGAUCAACUGGCCAACUUCCUUGGCCAUGAUAUCAGAGUUCAUCGGGAGUUCUACCGCCUCCCUGAAAGCACUCUACAGCUUGCAAAGAUUAGUAAACUCCUCAUUGCAAUGGAAAAAGGGGCACUGCCCGAACUCCAGGGUAAAGGAUUAGAUGGUAUAACAAUAGAUCCACAAGAUGAAAUGGAUGUGUCGAGCAACAGUUCCAGUGAUGAGGCAGAACCGCAAACUUUAAGCUGCAGAAGACAAGAGUAUGAGGAUCAUGUGAAUGGCUCCCAGAAAUCACUUGUUCGUAGACCAAAAUCCUCCUCCAUGGUAGACCUGGACGAUGCCAAUCUCAAACAAGGCACAAAAGUCAGUGUCAAAAAGAAGUGGUCGGAAGAAGAGGUUGGGGCAGUUGAAAAGCAUUUGAUGCAUUUCAUACGCAGCUGUCGAGUUCCUGGGAAGACGGACUGUGUCUCAUGCCUGUUAGCUGAGCCUGAAGCACUGAAAAACAGAGACUGGUCUGCUAUUAAGUUUUAUAUUAAUAACAGAAUUACUGCAUUGAAAAGACAACAGAGUCGGUAGGACCGAUUUUUUUUUUUUUUUUUAUACAUUUAUACGCUGUUAAAUCAAUUUGAAGUUAAGGCUUUAUGAAGUCCUCUUUGAUUUUAAGCAAGAAUUGUUAAAAACAAAAAUUUGGGUAACACUUUAUAAUAAUGUUCAGUUGUAAGUAAUGUAUAAGUGAUUUAGUUAUAAUGAGGAACUAAUAAUUUACAAAACGACUUAACGUUCACAAUGUUAAGAUUUAAAAAUCUUUUGGUAAGUUAUCUGAAAAAAUAGCAUCUUAAAAUAAUAAAACAGAUCCUUAGUAAAGGGCUAAGAAGUUAUUAGCUAAUAUAUUAUUUAUCACUUAUCAC